GAGCUAGAACAAAAAUUUUUUUAUCAUUAAAUAGGGAAUUGUUUAUACUAUAUACACCACUAUUCAAAACAAAAAAAUUCGCACCUACGAUUUUUUCAGAAAACGCCGCCUAAAUGCCCACUGUGCAAUACUCCAUUCGCUUGAAAAGCAAGGGUGUCCAAAUCCAUAAACUGGAUUCUCUUUUUUACUCCAAUUCAUGAUUUAUUCCGCAUAGUGUGAUGAUGGACUUUUCUCCUGCUCCGUCACACUUUGCUCUUUUUCAUCUUCAGCUUUUUUGUAUGCGCUUGGCAAGUUGGAACGUAUAUUUCAAUCAUUAUCUGACUUUAAUUCGGGUCGUAUUCCGACAUUUUUAUUUGUUGUGAAAUAGUGUGCGGAGGAGAUUACGUUUUUCUCUGACGAGAGUGUCUUUGUAUGCAAUCUUUUGGCUCGAAGCGACACAAUUUCGGUACAUAUAUUUCAAAAUCUGUUUCUUUACUCGAUGCCCACGUCAGCAUUUCGUUAGCAUCGACUCAAUAUUUUGAUGUAUCAGUCUUUAGAAUUUUAACACCCUAUUGUAGCGAAUGUUUGAAAAUCGAACUAGUAUAAUAUGCAGGGUCGUCGAUUGUUUUUGGGAGUGUGUGAGGAUAAAAGUUGAACAGAAACUUUCUAUCGUCCUUUCAAGAUUUUGGCAGAAAGUGUUACAGUUUAGGGAAAGAAAAACCCCGCCCUAAUCGACUACCCUUGUACUGUGUAAACUUAGUGCGAAAGAUGAUAAAGAUGUUGCAGUUCAGCCUGAGGGAAAAAUUCUGUUAAAUCUGAUUAAACAUGUGUAUCCCGAAGUAACAACAAUAACGAAGUUACGGAAGGACGAAAGUGAAGGGGCACUGUUAUUACGUCUUAAAGGUGGUGAUCGAUCAACGGUGAAAUAUUGGAUUAAGUUAUUUGAUGAGACAAUAAAACAAACAAUUCGCUUGCACUGCGAAGACGUUAUUAUUUCCACGAUUAAAGAAGCUUUUCCGGGCGCAACUGCUUUAAAGUAUAAGUGGUUAUCGAACGAUGAUAAUGAUCAGAAUUGGAAAAUUAAGCCGGUGUUGAAAUUAAGUCCAUUGAAACGUCCAGUUACAGCGGAAGAUCCUUAUGGACUGUUAGGCCAUCCUGGGAUGGACAAAUUAGGCAUUGGAAUUAGUAUUCAAAAUCAUAUAAUUUAUGCAGUUAAUAAAAUGCAUUAUAUUGGUAGCAUUGAUCGAGAUGAACGAAUAUCAGAAUCACACAGUAAAACGUAUGCUAUCGAUCAAAGUUAG